UUGUCCACUAAAAAUAUAAGACAGCAAGAACAAACAUACGUUAUGAGUCAGACACCGGCUGAGCUAAAUCCGCAGCGUUCGCCUCCUUCGCGGGGUACCUCCUACUCAAAGAUACCGCGACCUACGUCAAAAGUAGAAACAGAAAAAUCUUCAAGUCCCAAACAAUCAAUUUCAAGAGUAAUAUUAGGUAUCGAUGGUCGCCCCACUUUGCCCAAGGAGCAAGACGAACAUACAUUCUUGAAUACUCGUUCUGUGAUUCCCGAUGCCUUCCUGCCGAAUCAAAUUGCUCAAAGACUUCCGCCCGUGGUUACAUUUUCAAUAGAGGAGCGGAAAGUGUUCCAGAAGCUGCUGGAUCAUGACAGAGAGCCAACCAUGACAAAUGUUGUGAACCCGGAAAAAGUAACUGCUCACGCAACGUUAUCCGAAAUAUCCAAUGACAGUCAAGAGGAUCAGUCUCGAUUUUUGGUUGGAGACAACGCUGCCAUCGGAAGCGGGAUGGAGACGUUUCCCAGUCAAGCUGUAUACAAUGUGGUCCACGAUGAAGCAAUGGUACCGGAUUCUGCUAAUGAAGAUGAACAGCGACUAAGACAGGUAACUGCCAAUAGAAGCAAUCCGAGCACAUACGAAUCGGAUAAAAAGAAGCAGAAAUGUGAGCAAGCUAGAAUACCUUGGUGUUGGGUCGCGAGCAUAUCAAUGAUGGUUUUGAUAAUGGUUUUGAUAUUGUGCCUACCUUUGAUGUUGAUAUUACUGACCUAUCGAAUGGAAUUUCUGGAGCGUAAAGUAGAGCAGUCAAUCGGUCGAAAUUUGCUCCUGUGGAUAUUUAGUACGUGGGAGCAAGUCAAAUCCUUUCUGACGGCCAACAUUUGAAAUUUUA